UUCUUAGAAAAUAUAUUAUAUUACCUUCAUUAAUAAUAACUAAAAAUAUCAUUCGUAUACUUUUUUUUCAAACUCCCGAAUGGUCCGAGGAUUUAAAAGAUUGGAGUAGAGAAAUGCAUGUUAAAUGCACCUAUAAUGGAGUUCAAUUAUCAGAAAAAGAAUUUCCGAAAAACUGGUUAAUAGACGGGAUUCAAAUAAAGAUCCUAUUUCCUUUUCGUCUAAAACCUUGGUACAAAUCUAAGUUAAAAUUCUCUCAUAAAGAUCAAACGAAAAUGAAAAAAAAAGUACAAAAAAAUGAUUUUUUUUUUUUAACAGUUUUGGGAAUGGAAGCUGAACUUCCUUUUGGUUCUCCCCGAAAACGGCUUUCACUUUUUGAACCCAUCUUUAAAAAACUCGAAAAAAAAAUUAGAAAAAUGCAAAAAAAUGGUUUUCGAGUUAUAACAAUUUUAGAAGAAAGAAGAAAAUUUUUUCUAAAUUUCUUAAAAGAAAAAAAAAACUGGAUCAUCAAAAACAUUUUUUUUCGAAAAGAAAUAAUAAACAACCUUUCAAAAUCAAAAAGAAAUCCAAUUCUAUUAUCUGGAUUUAGAGAAGUAUAUGAAUUGAAUGAACCUAAAAAAGAAAAAGAUUCGAUAAUCAAUAACAAUAAUGAGACGAUUAAAAAAUUAUCCAUCCCAAUUCGAUCUAUGACUUGGACAAAUUAUUCACUGACAGAAAAAAAAAUGAAAGAUCUUUCUGCUAGAAGAAAGAUAAUCAUAAAUCAAAUAGAAAAAAUUACAAAAGAAAAGGAAAAAAAAAUGAGAACCCCGGAAAUAAAUAUUAGUCCUAACAAAAACAAAAUAAGUUAUAAUGCUAAAAAAUUAAAAUCAUCAAAAAAUAUUUCGCAGAUAGUAAAAAGAAGAAAUGUUCGAUUAGCGCGUAAAUUCCAUUUUUUUAUAAAAAUUUUGAUUGAAAAGAUAUACAUAGAUAUCUUUUUAGGUAUCAUUAAUAUUCCAAGGAUCAAUGCACAGCUUUUUCUUAAAUCAACAAAAAAAAUUAUUACUAAAUACAUUUACAAUAAUGAAGAAAAUCAGAAAAAAAUUGAUAAAACAAAUCAAAAUACAAUUCACUUUAUUUCGAUUAUAAAAAAGUCACGUAAUAGUAAUAAUAGUAAUGUUGUUGUUAUUAAUAAAAAUUCAAAGAUUUUUUGUGACAUAUCCUCCUUGUCACAAGCUUAUGUAUUUUACAAAUUAUCACAAAUCAAAAUUAUUAACUUAUAUAAGUUAAAAUCUAUCUUUGAAUAUCAUAGCCUUUUUCUGAAGAAUGAAAUAAAGGAUUUUUUUAUAGCCCAAGGGCUAUUUAAUUCCGAAUUAAAAAAUAAAAAUUUUAGAAAUUCUGUAAUGAAUCAAUGGAAAAAUUGGUUAAGGAGUCAUUAUCAAUAUAAAUACGAUCUAUCUCAGAUUAGAUGGUCUAGAUUAACACCACAAAAAUGGCGAAAUAUAAUCAAUCAACAUCAACACCAUAUGGUUCAAAAUAAAAAAUUAAACAAAUGGAAUUUAUAUGAAAAAGACCGAUUAAUUCAUUACAAAAAAAAAAAUGAUUUUGAGACAGAUUCAUUACCAAAUCAAAAAGAUAAUUUUAAAAAACACUAUAAAUAUAAUCUUUUAUCAUAUAAAUCUAUUAAUUAUGAAAAUAAGAAGGACUCAUAUAUUUAUGGAUCACCAUUACAAGUAAAUAAUAAACAAGAGAUUUCUUAUAAUUACAACACAAAAAAAAGCAAAUUAUUUGACAUGUUGGAAGAUAUUUCUAUCAAUAAUUAUCUAGCGGAAGAUGAUAUUAUUGAUAUGGAGAAAAGCGCGGAUAGAAAAUAUUUUGAUUGGAGAAUUCUCAAUUUUUGUCUUAGAAAGAAGGUUGAUAUUGAGUCCUGGAUCGAUACCGGAAGCAAAGAUAAAAAAAAUACUAAGACUAGGACUAAUAAGUAUCAAAUAAUUGAUAAAAUUGAUAAGAAAAAUCUUUUUUUUCUUACAAUUCACCAAGAUCAAGAAGUUAAUUCAUCCAAUCAAAAAGGUUUUUUUUUUGAUUGGAUGGGAAUGAAUGAAGAAAUAAAAAAUUGUCUUAUAUCCAAUUUUGAACUUUGGUUCUUUCGAAAAUUUGUGAUACUUUACAACACAUAUAAGAUAAAACCAUGGGCGAUACCCAUCCAAUUUCUUCUUUUCAAUUUUCAUAGAAAUGAAAAUGUUAGUAAAAAUAAUAAAAUUAACCGGAAGAAAAAUAGCGAUCUUUUUAUAUCUAUAUCAUCGAAUGAAAAAAAAAUUAUUGAAUUAGAGAAUCAAAAUCACGAAGAAAAAGAAUCCGAAGACCAAGGGGACUUUGGGUCAGUUUUCGCAAAUCAAGAAAAAGAUAUUGAAGAAGAUUAUAUAGAAUUAGAUAUGAAAAAACAUAGAAAUAAAAAGCAAAACAAAAGUCAUAUGGAAGUAGAACUUGAUUUCUUCCUAAAACGGUAUUUAUGUUUUCAAUUAAGAUGGAAUGGUUCUUUAAAUCACAAAAUAAUCAAUAAUAUCAAAGUAUAUUGUCUCCUGCUUAGACUGACAAAUCCACGAGAAAUUAUUAUAUCUUCUAUUCAAAGGCAAGAAAUAAGUUUGAAUAUUCUGAUGGUUCAGAAGGAUUUAACUCUUACGGAAUUAAUGAAAAAGGGAAUAUUGAUUAUCGAACCUGUUCGUCUGUCGGUAAAAAAUGAUGGACAAUUUAUUUUGUAUCAAAUGGUAGGUAUCCUAUUAGUUCAUAAGAACAAACAACAAAUUAAUCAAAAAUACAGAGAAAAUUUUUAUGUUGAUAAAAAGAAUUUUACCGAAUCUAUUGAAAGACAUCAAAGUAUAAUUGGAAAUAGAAACAAAAAUGAUUAUGAUUUACUUGUUCCUGAAAAUAUUUUAUCCCCUAAACGUCGUAGAGAAUUAAGAAUUCUUUUCAAUUUAAAAAAUCAAAAUGAUAUUCAUAUAAAUACAGAAAUUUUCAAUGGUAAUAACAUAAAAAAUUGUAGUCCCAUUUUAGAUAAAAGCAAACAUUUUGAUAGAGAUAAAAAGAAACUAAUUAAAUUACAAUUUUUUCUUUGGCCCAAUUUUCGAUUAGAAGAUUUAGCUUGUAUGAAUCGUUAUUGGUUCGAUACUAAUAAUGCUAGUCGGUUCAGUAUGGUAAGAAUAUAUAUAUAUCCGCGGUUGAAAUUUUGA